AUUAGAUUACUGGACCAUUCUCAAUUAACGAUGAUAGUUCACGCAGACAUCCCUUACUUAUCGUCGUCUCAUCCUCAACAGACGCUUGAUCUUUAUAUUCCUACAUUAACUUCGCACGAUACCGAUACUAAAUUGCCCACACCAAUUAUCAUCUUGAUUCACGGAGGUGCCUGGAUCACGGGUGACAAAAAAGAACUUGAACCUCUAGGAAAAUCCAUUUCAUCUGUGACGAAUUUCGCUGUUGCGCUAAUAAACUAUAGGUUAAGUAAAACUCCUGAAAUCAAGCAUCCAGUGCACAUAAAAGAUGUGGCUGCCGCUAUAUCUUGGAUUUAUUCAAAUGGUGAUAAAUAUGGAUAUCUGGGUGAUAAGAUGUUCUUAAUUGGACAUAGUGUUGGUGCAUUUCUAUCAGCUCAACUUGUAUUCAUUCCUAAAUAUCUCGAUGGUAUUAAGGAAUUACCGAAUUCAAUUUGUGGCAUUGUUGGUAUCGAAGGUAUUUACGAUGUACCAUCGUUAUUAGAAUGUUGGCCUACUUAUACAAAAUUUGUUGAACCGGCGUUUGGAACUGAUCCUGAAGUUUACAAAUCUGUGUCUCCACAAUAUCAUUCAAUCAAAGAUACGGUUAUUAAGAUACCACCUUAUCUGAUUAUUCAUUCUUCAGAAGAUGAGUUAGUUGAUAUUGGACAGGCUAAUAAUUUUUAUAAAUAUCUUGAACAAGAAUGUAAAAUAAACGAAUGUUGUGCGCAACUUGAAAUUGGAAUAAAAGGAACUCACUUUGGAAUUUUGGAAAAACCAGAACUUGAGCAGAAAAUUGUGGAAUUUAUUUUGUUACAAGGAAUGAAAUUUCUCCCUUCAAAAUGA